AUGGACCCAACGGGUCUUUGUCUUCUGUCGCUUCUGCUGUCUCAAGGAAUUCACCUUGCUCAAGGAAGUUGUGGCAGUAAUGAGUUCCAGUGCACCAAUGGACAAUGCAUCAACAAAGACUGGAGGUGUGAUGGAACCAAAGACUGCACGGACGACUCAGAUGAGCUCAACUGUCCACCUCCAGUUUGCACCUCACAGGAGUUUAAGUGUGUGACGAGCGGUGAAUGCAUCUCAUCAGGAUUCGUCUGCGAUGGGGAGGAAGACUGUGCCGACGGCUCGGAUGAACAAAGAACCUGUGGUGGACGCACCUGCAGUCCAAACCAGUUCACAUGCCGAGAGGGCCAGUGCAUCCCUGUCAAAUACAGGUGUGACCACGUGAAGGAUUGUGUGGACAACUCCGAUGAGAACAGCUGCAAUUACCCACAAUGCACUGAGAAGACAUGUGCUAAUGGGGCCUGUUACAACAACUCUCAGCACUGCAAUGGGCUGCAGGACUGCAGGGAUGGAUCAGAUGAAUUUAACUGCACAUCUCAGCACUGUCCAAUCCACCAGUUUCAGUGUACAAACGGCAUCUGUAUCCCAAAUUCGCUUGUGUGCGACCACUGGGACGACUGCGGGGACGACAGUGACGAACAAGGCUGUGCGUAUCCAAGCUGCAAAGGGAAUGAGUUCACAUGCACCAGUGGCCGUUGUAUUCCUCAGCGCUGGGUGUGUGACAAGUUCAACGACUGCGGGGACUACAGUGAUGAGAAAGGAUGUGAUAGCAACUCACGAGACUGUUACCCUGGUGAGUGGGGAUGUCCUGGCUCUACAGUGUGUGUAGAUGUUGGGAAAGUGUGUGAUGGCAAACCUGACUGUCCUGGCGGUACUGAUGAGACCAAUGCCACUGCACAGCAAACCUGCAGCCUGGAUCGGUGCUCUGCCUUGAGCUGUGAGUUUCUCUGCCACCCAUCUCCUCAGGGCGGUACUUGUUACUGCCCUGAUGGUUUUAUAGUAGCAAAUGACAGCCGCUCCUGUGUAGACUAUAAUGACUGUGAUAUCUGGGGGAUCUGUGACCAGCUGUGUGAGGACCGUCCUGGGACGCAUCAUUGCAGCUGUGCAGACGGAUACUUUCUGGAGCAGGGUCACAUCUGCAAAGCCAAUGUGUCAGCUGGAUUGCCUCAGCUUAUUUUUACCAAUGGAGGCGAUGUGAUGAUGGCUGACAUACAUGGACGAUUUGCCAGAACUCUGGUGCCAUCUCAAGGCAGAGGUUAUGCUGUCGGGGUGGCCUACAACUUCCGUAGUAACAUGGUCUUCUGGAGCGAUACAUACACCAAAAAGGUUUAUUCAGCCGACUAUAAUGGGGAAAACAUUAAGGAGGUUUUGAAUAUAUCGGUCAACAAUGUCCAGAAUCUUGCAGUGGACUGGGUCAACAUUAAACUCUAUGUCUUAGAAGCCAUGGUGGAACGCAUUGAUAUGUGUAACUUUGAUGGAAGUAAUCGAGUGACACUGGUGGCUGAAAACCUGGAAACUCCUCAUGGUCUUGCUCUGGAUCCUACAGUGGGCUACAUGUUUUUCACAGACAUGGGUGUUGGUCAAAAGCAGACAAAGCUUGAACGUGCCUUCAUGGAUGGCAGUAACCGUGUGGAGCUGGUUAAAAGCAGGCUCGGGACACCAACUGGAAUCACCCUCGACAUUGUUAACCGGCGGGUCUACUGGUCUGACAGCCACUUUGACACAGUGGAGACUGUCACCUACAGUGGUCUAGACAGGAAAAUUGUACUCAAUGGUGGAACACAGUCUCCACAUCCUUUUGGAAUAGCUGUGUUUGAAAACCAUGUAUUUUUUACCGAUUGGACCAAGAUGGGUGUCAUCAGAGCCAAUCGAUUUAACGGCAGCAACCCAGCACUCAUUUAUCGUACCGCCAAGCGUCCAGGCCAUGUUGUGGUCUCGCACCCUGUCCUGCAACCUUUAGUGAUGAACCCUUGUGGGCGAAACAAUGGUGGCUGUCAGCACAUAUGUGUGUUAAGUCACCGUUCUGACAAUGAUGGUUUGGGCUUCCGCUGUAAGUGUCGCUAUGGUUAUGACCUUCAGCCUGACCGUCGAACCUGCUUCAAGGUAAAGGACUACCUGUUGUUGGCCACCUCUCUGGCAGUGAGGGGAAUCCCUCUGAACUUAUCCUUGCAGGAGGACAUCACACUUCCCCUAACAGGACUUGGAGCUUCCUUUUCUGGCUCUGCUGUGGAAUUUGAUGGAAAUGAAGGAGCUGUGUUUUACAGCGACAGGUCCAGUGGCCUCAUUUACAAGUCAAACCUUAAUGGAACUGUUCAGCAGAUUCUGACAGGCUACAGAGUGGGAACUGUUGAUGCUAUGGCUUACGACUGGACCUCCAAGGUUUUGUUCUGGACCACAUCCUCUUAUAGAGCAGUGGUGGCAUUUAAAGUCACAGACAAGUCCAGACGAGACAUUGUUACUGGACUGAGGAACCCAAAGGGUAUUGCAGUGCAUCCCAGUGCUGGCUACUUGUUCUGGUCGGACUGGUAUCGUCCAGCCGUCAUAAUGAAAGCCUUCACUGAUGGCAGCAACUCUGUUCCUUUGGUAAACACAACACUGGGAUGGCCAUAUGGACUUUCUCUUGACUAUUUAAUGGACAGGCUCUACUGGGUGGAUUCACUCCUUGAUCAAAUUGGUCACAUUAGCAUCCAAGGAACCGACAGGCAGACAUUUACCAACAUUGGCCAGAUCACUCAACCUUACUCUUUGACUGUUUAUUCAGACUACCUGUAUGUGUCUGAUGUAAGAACUAGUGGAAUAUUUGAGAUGAGAAAGAGGGAUGGAGGAGGAAACAUUAUGAUCCGACAAGGAGUCACUGGCAUUAUGAACGUCAAGGCCUACACAGCUGAUCUUCACAGCACCUUCACCAGCCGCUGUAACACAGUGCCCAAUGGGCUCUGCAGCCACUUCUGUUUCCCAACUCCUUUCUUCAGCCAGAAAUGUGGUUGCCCGUAUGGCAUGAAGCUUCAGGCCAAUCAGAGGGACUGUAUCAAAGAUGAGUCUGUCCCCCCACCUGACACUAACUGUGGUGACUAUGCCUUUGAGUGUGAUGAAGGGCGCUGUAGGCCCAACUCUUACCGCUGUGAUGGGAUCAUUGAUUGUGUAGACAAGACAGAUGAGGCCAACUGCACUCAUACAGGAGCUACCUGCUCUCCGUUUGCUUUUACCUGCAACAACAAGCACUGCAUUUACUCCAGCUGGCGCUGUGAUGGCAUAGAUGAUUGUGGAGAUGGUUCUGAUGAAAUGAACUGUCCCACUCGGCUCCCCACCACGUGUGCAGCUGACUACUUUACCUGUGAUAACAACAGGUGCAUAUCUAAAGCCUGGUUGUGUGAUGGCGACAAUGACUGUGGUGAUGGCUCAGAUGAACACAACUGCAAUUCUACCAUCACUACAUGCCCUCCUAACUACUUCUUGUGUCCUGAUCACCACUGUAUCAACAACUUCUAUGUGUGUGAUGGAGACCAGGACUGCUUGGAUGGAUCGGAUGAGAAAAAUUGUGAGUUUUCUUGUCAAUCUUACGAGUUUGCUUGUGCCAGUGGAGACCAGUGUAUCAGUUCCAGUUAUCGCUGUGAUGGCGUGUUUGACUGCAGGGACCAUUCGGAUGAACAAAACUGUCCCACUCGAGGUCCAGGCCUUUGCCAUGACCACGAGUUCCAGUGCCAGACGGACGGUCUCUGUAUACCAGUUGAAUGGGAGUGUGACGGCCAUCCGGACUGUGAGGAUGGAUCUGAUGAACACCACCGGUGUCCAGCUGUCACCUGCAGGUCCAACGAUUUCCAGUGUGCCAACAAGAUGUGCAUUCCAACAAGCUGGUUGUGUGAUGGUGAGAAUGACUGUCGGGAUAUGAGCGAUGAGCAGAACUGUCCCACCCCUCCCUUCAGCUGUCCCUCUGGACAGUGGCUGUGCCCCACUGACCAAGUAUGCAUCAAUUUGGACAAGGUUUGCAAUGGUCAGAAAGAUUGCCCCAAUGGAGCAGAUGAGUCGCCUAUCUGCAACGAAGAUGACUGUGUGCUGAACAAUGGAGGCUGCAGUGACGGUUGUAUCCAAGGACCAUUUGGAGCUCAGUGCACCUGCCCACCAGGAUUUCAGCUCCUCAAUGACUCCAAGACUUGUGACGAUAUUGAUGAGUGUCAGAUCCCUGGUUUCUGUAGCCAGCAGUGCUACAAUGAGAGAGGAAGCUUCAGGUGCCACUGUUCACAUGGUUACAUCCUAGAGCCUGAUGGACGCACGUGCAAAGCUGAAGGCCGAGAGGCAGCUGUACUUUUGGUAGCCAGACGUAGUCAAAUCAUUGCAAAUCACAUCAACCUGAAACCACCCCAGCUGCAUCCAGUGGUCAGCGGUUCAAGCAUUGUGACUGUGGACUUUGACCGUGUAACUUCCAGAAUCUACUGGGCUGAUGCCACACUAAAAACGAUAUGGAGUGCCUAUCUGAAUGGUACAGAAAGACAGGAAGUGUUUUCCAGUGGUUUGAUGGAACCAGAGAGUAUUGCUGUGGAUUGGGUAGCUCGAAAUCUAUAUUGGACUGAUUCCGUCAUGGAAAAUAUUGAAGUGUCCACACUGGAUGGUCGCUUUCGAAAAGUCCUCUUAAACAAAAAUGUCACAAGCCCUCGUGGACUUGUUUUAGAUCCCCGUAACUAUACUUACCUGAUGUUUUGGUCAGAUUGGGGUCAGAACCCCAGGAUCGAGCGAGCCAGUAUGGAUGGAUCUACGAGACAAGUUAUUGUCAGCACUAAGGUCUACUGGCCAAAUGGCCUGGCUCUAGACUAUACCACACGCCGGGUUUACUUUGCUGAUGCUUACCUAAAAUAUAUUGACUACUGUGACUAUGAUGGCAAAAACCGCUACCAGGUCAUGGCAAGUGACAUGGUUCUCCAGCACCCGCAUGGUAUGACUGUCUUUGAGGACAGCAUUUAUUGGUCUGAGCGCUACACCAGCAAAGUGAUGAGUACAAACAAGUUCCAUGGAGGAAACAUCACCAUUUUGAUGAACAAUAUCUUUCAGCCUAUGGGGAUUGUAAUGGACCAUCCUGUCAAACAGCCAGCAGCCAUCAACCCUUGCGGGGAGCACUUCUGCACACAGCUGUGCCUGCUGUCAAACCUGAGACCCAGGUACUACACCUGCCACUGUCAGUCAGGGUGGAAGCUGGACUCAGACAAACGCACCUGUAUAAAAGACGAGGCUCCAUUCUUGAUGGUGGCCAGAGAUUCUGUUAUUUUUGGGAUUCCCUUGGACCCCACUGACCCAUCGAAUAACGCCAUGGCCCCAGUGUCUGGCAUCACUCAGGGCCGAGACAUUGACUUUGAUGACCAGGAGCAGUAUGUCUAUUGGGUCCAGAGCACGGGUUCAAUUUGGCGAGUGAAAACUGAUGGUACCAACAGAACUGAGUUUGCUCCAGCUGCUUAUAUGGGCUCGCCAUCUGGUCUAGCUUUUGAUUGGAUAAGCCGAAUAAUGUAUUACACCAACCCCACCAGCAGAACCAUUGAAGUUAUCCGUGUAGAUGGAAAUGAGAAAUACAGGAAAACCCUCAUUGCCUCGAAUGGCAAACCAGAAGGAACAGGAGAACCUGUUGGGAUUGCUCUAGAUCCUGCCCGAGGAAAACUCUUUUGGACAGACAAAGGUUCCAACAAUGGAGUUCCUCCAAAGGUUGGCAGCGCUGAUAUGGACGGUGGCAACCUCAGGAAUCUUUACACAAGCAACCUGGCAAACAUAGGCUUUAUUGCUGCUGAUAUCUCAGCCAGUAAAAUUUACUGGGGUGUAGUGGGCUCAGGGGUGAUUGAGUGUGGCACAAUGGAUGGUGUAACCCGCACAACAGUGGUCAACAGCCUCUCCCAUCCAUGGGGUCUGACAAUCUACCAGAACUACCUGUACUACACUGAUCUGGACUAUGAGGUCAUUGAGAGGGUGGACAAAGAAACUGGUGCCAACAUGGUGGUGAUGAGGAGCGGCAUGUCUGGCCUGCGUGCUCUCAAAGUACAUGCCCGAGACAACUCAGCAGGGACCACCAACGCCUGUAGCUCCAACAAUGGAGGCUGUCCACACCUCUGUCUUCCCAAACCCAACAAUCAAAAGACCUGUGCUUGCACCACAGGAUUUUACCUCUCUCCUGACGGCACCCGCUGUGAACAGUAUGACUCGUUUGCCAUCGUCUCCACCCUCAAAUAUAUUCGUGGUUUCCACAUAAACAGCUCUGACCACUCUGAGGCAAUGGUGCCUGUAGGUGGAACAUCCUAUUCCAUGAUAGACAGGCUGGACCUCCAUAUUCAGUCUGGCUUUGUGUACUGGAGUGACAACAGCACUUACACUUCAUACAAAGGAAUCUACAGGGCCAAAACAGAUGGGGGAAGUUACAGUCAAGUCAUCAGUUUAGGUGUUGGAAAAAAAGGCAUCCAGGGUCUGGCUGUAGACUGGAUUGCAGGUAACUUGUACUUCACCAAUGCCUUUGAGAGUGAGACCUUCCUGGAAGUGCUGGCCAUCAACACCACCUACCGAAUGAUUCUCCUCAAGAGCUUCCAGGACCAGCCCAGAGACCUGGCAGUCAGUCCCAAACUUCGCUACCUGUUUUGGACUGAUGGCGGCCAAACACCCAAGAUUGAGCGGGCCCUGCUUGAUGGCACAAACCGCACAGUUUUGGCAUCAGAGAGCCUGGCGUCACCUCGUGGCUUAACAGUAGAUUACACUAAUGACUUCCUCUACUGGACUGAUGAUGUUCUUGAUAUGAUCUCCCGAAUGGCUGUGGAUGGAACACAGAGGCAGAUUAUCCGCUUUGGAAGCCGCUAUCCUUCCCCAGUAGGAAUGUCUAUUUUUGGAAACUACAUGCUGUGGGUGGACAAAAAGCUUGGAAAGCUUUUCCAGGCCAAUAAAGACCCAACCAAUACUGACCAGGCAGAGGUAAUCCGAGACAAUCUUGAUGGACUGAUGGAUGUCACCAUCUUUGACUCUCAUGUUCAGCCCACAUCUGCCAACCAGAUAGGCUUUAACCCCUGCCAUGAAAACAACGGAGGCUGCCAGCAGCUCUGCUUUGCCAUUCCAAACCAGGAGCAACCUAAAUGUGGCUGUGCACAUGGGUCACUGCUUAGUAAUGGAGUAUCAUGUGGUUAUGGACUAGAUGAAUUUCUAGUUUUCACCACAGACUACACCCUGAAUAGCAUGAGAUUAGACCCGACUGACCACAGCAUCCCCUAUCCAACAGUGAAUUUGGGCUACAAUUUAGUGGCACUGGAUUAUGACUUCAAGGAAAAGCGCAUUUUUUUCACCCAGUAUUUGGGUAUAGGUAAGAGCAAGAUUGGAUACGUAACCACAACAUCCAUUACCAGCCCUCCUGUCAUCAUUGCGUCAAACUUGGAUGAUCCAGAAGGACUGGCAUUUGAUUGGAUCAACAAGCGCCUCUACUUCACUGACUACUACACACGUAAUGUCCAGGCGAUUGGAAUGGAUGGAUUAAACCGCUCGAUUGUUGCCCUUGCAAAUCGUCCCAGAGGCAUCAUAGUUGACCCAUGCUAUGGUUACUUGUACUGGACUGACUGGGGUUCUCCAGCUAAGAUUGAGAGGGCCACGCUGGGUGGAAACUUCCGGACUGCUAUCAUAAACAGUAGCAUAACAACACCAAAUGGCCUGUCUCUGGACUAUGAAGAAAGGAUGCUAUACUGGGCUGAUUCCACCCUUGACAAGAUUGAGCGGGCCACUCUGACCGGUGAGAACCGGCAAGUGAUUGUGCAAGGAGUCCAGUACCCAUUUGCCAUGACUGUCUUUCAGCAAGACAUCUUCUGGACCGAUUGGACUGAGAGAGCUGUCUUUAGGGCUGGGAAGGAUGAUGGCUCUGGCUUUGCUGUGCUAGCUAAGGACUUGCAAUACCGGCCAAAUGACAUUCAUGUCUAUGCUGCAUCUAAGCAGGAGAGUUGCUCCAGCUUCUGUCAGCAGUUCAACGGUGGCUGUAGUCACGUCUGUGUUUCUGGUCCAGUGGGCCCAGAAUGCCAGUGUCCCCAUGAUGGGAAUUGGUAUCUGGCAAAUAAUGGCAAAGACUGCAUUAAAGACACGGGCAAACGUUGUAAGCCAGAGCAGUUCACCUGUCUGAAUGGAAACUGUAUAUCAGCACGCUGGAAAUGUGAUGGCUUCGAUGACUGUCAGGAUCAUUCAGAUGAGCUGGAGAGAGUGUGUGCAUUCCACACCUGCUCAGCCAAUGACUUCACCUGUGACAAUGGGCGUUGCGUCACACUAAGCUACGUAUGUGACUACACAAACGACUGUGGUGACAACAGUGAUGAGCGUGGCUGCCCCUUCCCCACAUGCAACCCGUCCACUGAGUUUACCUGCGCCAACGGCCCCUGCAUAAAUAUAGACUUUGUUUGUGAUGGCCACAACGACUGUAGAGACAAUGUUACAUCUGAUGAGAUCAACUGCCCUGAGCGCAUCUGUCCUUCUGGCCAGAUCAAGUGUGAAGGGACCAACAUCUGCAUCUAUCCUGAAAGCCUGUGUGAUGGCUACAACAACUGUGGGGACAACAGUGAUGAGAAUCCUCUCUUCUGUGCGGGUCGAACAUGUGCUCCGAAUCAGUUUCGUUGCGAUGGAGGAAAGUGUAUACCUCAGACUUGGGUUUGUGACAAAAUCAAAGACUGCAAUGAUGGGACAGAUGAGCCACCCUCCUGUGAGGAUUUUAUCAGAACAUGCAGUCCAGGCCAGUUCACGUGCACUAAUGGGAACUGUAUCCCUCAGUCAAUGGUUUGCGAUGGCAACAAUGACUGCUGGGACAGUAGUGACGAAGCUCCAGAGCUGCAGUGCGGCCAACGCACGUGCAGCCCCAACCAGUUCACCUGUCCGACCUGGUACCCAGGCCACCCUCGCUGUGUGCCUUUGAGUUUUAUUUGCGAUGGGAACAAAGACUGCGCCAACGCAGCUGAUGAGCUGCAGAACUGCCCCAACCGGACCUGCCAUAUGAACGAGUUCGCCUGUGCCAACGGGCUCUGCAUCCUCAUCCCAUACCACUGUGACCGUGUGAAUGACUGUGGAGACGGCAGCGAUGAGAUGAACUGUCAGUACAGCACAUGCCUCAGCAACCAGUUCACUUGCACUAACGGAGCGUGCAUCUCUGCACACUAUGUUUGCGAUGGGCAGAGUGACUGUAUGGAUGGAUCAGAUGAAGUGGACAGCUUGUGCAGGACCCCCCAACCUACCUGUUCACCCCAGCAGUACUUGUGCAAGUCCGGAGAGUGCAUUGACCUCCAUAAAGUCUGCAAUGGGCAAAAAGACUGCCAGGACAACAGUGAUGAAAAAGGCUGUGGAAUAAAUGAGUGUCAAAACCCAGCUGUCCACAAGUGCGCUCAACUCUGCACCGACACUCCCACCGGUUAUUACUGCUCCUGCCACCCAGGCUACCGUCUCAUGCCAGACGGCAAAGCUUGCGAGGAUCUAAACGAGUGUGUCAGCACCCCUGCAGUUUGCAGCCAGAUCUGCGAGAACACAGUUGGCUCAUAUCACUGCAAAUGUGCCUCGGGGUACAUUCGCGAACCGGAUGGACGCACCUGUCGUCAGAACAGUGGCAUCGCCCCGUACCUAUUGUACAGUAAUCACUACUACAUCCGAAAUUUAACCACCGACGGGUCACAUUUGAGUAUAGUCCUGCAGGGGCUGUCCAAUGUGGUGGCGCUGGACUUCGAUCACCUUGAGAAGAGACUCUAUUGGCUGGACACAGGUGCAAGAAAAAUAGAGAGAAUGCGUUUUGAUGGCACCGACAGGGAGACGCUUGUGACUGAAAAUUUAGGGGGAGCUGAAGGCCUGGCAGUGGACUGGGUGGGCAGGAAGGUGUACUGGGUGGAUGGUUAUUAUGGAUCAGUUCAUGUAAUGGAGCUGGAUGGGCGCUAUCAGAAGAAGCUGCUGUCAGGGGACUUUAAAAAUGGAAAUGACACCUUUAUUAUCAACCGACCACGUGCUGUGGCUGUCAACCCCAAAUACGGAUGGCUCUACUGGACUGACUGGGCUGACGAGGCCUAUAUUGGAAGAGUUGGCAUGGAUGGAACAAACAUCAGCGCCAUCAUCACAACCAAGCUGGAGUGGCCCAGCGCUCUGACCAUUGACUACACCACCAACAAGAUCUUCUUUGCCGAUUCCCAUCUUAACUUUCUGGACUUUGCAGACAUGGAUGGCCAGAACCGGCACCGGGCCAUUGCUGGCACACUUCCCCAUGUGUUUGCCAUUUCCCUGUUUGAAGACUGGGUCUACUGGACAGACUGGAACACACACAACGUUGAGAAAGCUCAUAAAUACACAGGCGAGGGGCGCACAGUUAUGGGCAACAACACCCACCGACCGUAUGACAUUCACGUCUGCCACCCCUACAGGCAGCCAAGAAGUGAAAACCCGUGCACGUCACAUUACCUCACCUGCAGUCAUUUGUGUCUGAUCGCUCCUGGAGGGCAGCAAGCGACCUGCCAUUGUCCAGAUCAUUUCAUCGGUUUAGCUGUGGGAUUCAAGAUCCAGUGUGUUGCUGACUGCUCCAGCACCCAGUUCCGCUGUGGGGACAACGAGAAAUGUGUUCCCAUAUGGUGGAAGUGUGACGGCCAGUCAGACUGUAGCGACGGCUCUGAUGAACCUCAGACCUGCCCGCCUCGUUACUGCCCUAUUGGCCAGUUCCAGUGUCAGGAUGGCAACUGUACCUACCCUGGUUUGAUCUGCGACACCCACCCCGACUGUCCCGACGGCUCAGAUGAAGAUGCUGCUCUCUGCAGCGAUCACCGAUGUGAGGUGAACCAGUUCCAGUGCAAAAACAAACAGUGCAUCCCUGUGUCCUGGCACUGUGAUGGUUUAAGUGACUGCUCAGAUGGCAGCGAUGAGGAUGCAGAGACUUGUGCUCAGAAGACAUGCCGACCCGGACAGUUCCACUGCGCAAAUGGCCUCUGUAUACCAUCAAGCUAUGUGUGUGAUGCCCAGAACGACUGUGGAGAUCACUCUGAUGAGCCGUACGAAACCUGCAUGGGUCCGGACUACAAGUGCGAUGAGCUCACAGAGUUUUCUUGCAGCACAAACUACCGUUGUGUUCCUCAGUGGGCCCGCUGCGACGGCACUAACGACUGCAUCGACAACAGCGACGAGGAAGGCUGCGAGGAGCUGACCUGUGACCCCCAGGGAGAUUUCCGUUGUGACAACCACCGCUGUGUCCCCAUACGGUGGAAGUGCGACGGCACCAACGACUGUGGCGACGGAUCAGAUGAGAGAAACUGCCAGCCAAGGCCAUGCUCUGAGAGUGAGUUUCGCUGUGACAAUGACCAGUGCAUCCCGGGGAACUGGCGGUGUGACCAUGACAACGACUGCGGAGACAACUCAGAUGAGCGAGACUGCGAGUUGCUGACGUGUGGCCCAGGUUUCUUCCAGUGUGAUUCAGGUCACUGUAUCCCUGCUGCUCUGAAGUGUGACGGUCGGGCCGACUGUCUGGAUCUGUCAGACGAAACUAGCUGUCCCACUCGUUACCCAGGAGGCCGUUGGUGUCCACAGAGUCAGUUCCAGUGUGCGAAUCGUCUGUGUGUGAGCCAGAACUGGGUGUGCGAUGGUGUUGACGACUGCGGGGACCGCUCUGAUGAACAACUCACUCUAUGCUUAAACAUCACCUGUGAGAUGCCGUCCAGGUUCCGUUGUGCCAAUGGCUACUGUGUCUUCUCUGGUCUACUGUGUAAUAAAAAAGAUGACUGCGGAGAUGGCAGCGAUGAAAAAGAAGAUCUCUGCCGUGAGCCCACUCUGCCCCCCUGCACACUGGAAGAGUUUAAAUGUACCAACAGACACUGCGUGCCUCUGCCAUACGUCUGUGACCACAACGACAACUGUGGGGACCGCACAGAUGAAAUGGGCUGCAACUUUGGCCAAGAUCGAAACUGUCAGGAGAAGUUGUGCCAACAUGAAUGCACCGACCUGAGCGGGACCGGCUUCAUUUGCUCCUGCAGGCCUGGGUAUAAAGUGGACCCAGACAACACCUACACCUGCCUGGACAUCGAUGAGUGUGAGGAGUAUGGGAUCUGUCCUCAGGGCUGUAAGAACACCAAAGGCGGCUAUGACUGCGAGUGUGCUCCUGGCUACAGGAAAGUGGGAAAUGGUGACAUGUGUGAGGCUGAUGGAGCGCCUCCUCUGCUGCUGCUACCAGAGAGCAUUCGUAUCCGCAGGUUCAACCUGCAGACACAGUCCUACCACGACUUCCUCCAAGAGGAGGAGCGGAUCAUGGCUCUGGACUAUGACUGGGACCACAACAACACUGGAUUCAGUAUGGUUUACUUUACUGUUGCUGGUAAGGACUCUGUCCCAGGUGCCAUUAAGAGAGCGUACAUACCUUCAGUGGAUGAUGGCAGUAACAACAUCGGCGCUGCUGUAGAUCUGGGCAUCAAAUACAUCACAUCACCAGACGGCAUCGCAGUGGACUGGCUGGGACGGAAUCUUUACUGGGCGGACUCGAAGCUGAAGAGGUUGGAAGUGGCCUUGUUGGACGGACGCUACAGGAAACAUCUAGUCAACACUGACAUGGGUCUCCCAUCUGCUGUCGCCGUUAAUCCUCGACUGGGGAUGCUGUACUGGUCUGACCGAGGGGAUUCGGCUAAGAUUGAGUGUUCUUGGCUGGACGGACAGAAGAGAAAAGUUCUUGUGGCUGACAAUUUGGGUUGGCCCACUGGUUUGUCUAUCGAUUUCACCAACAGUGACAGAAUCUACUGGUCGGACUCCAAAGAAAGCCGCAUUGAGUCUGUUCUGCCCUCAGGAGAGCAACGUAGAACUGCUGUUUUUAUAGAUGUGAGAAACCCUUUCAGUGUGAGUGUAUUUGAGGACCACGUUUACUGGAGCACUCAGGAGAAAGGCGAAGUGUACCGGCAGAAUAAGUUUGGUCGUGGCGCCAAAGUCAAGCUGCUGACAGCGGGACCCUGGCUGACUCAGAUCUCUUUGUACCAACAGCAGAGAUACAACUCCAUCGCCAUGAAGAACCCAUGCAAGGGAACGUGCAGCCACUUGUGUUUGCUCCGGCCAGGAGGUUACACCUGCGCCUGCCCCCAAGGCACCCACUUCAUCCCCGGCAGCAACACUGAAUGUGAUGCAGGGUUUGAUCCACCACCCACCAUGCCACCACCAUGUCAGUGUCAAAAUGGAGGCACGUGCUAUUUUGAUGACAACAAGGCUCUCUGCUUAUGUCCUCCAAUUUGGCAAGGAGAGUACUGCCAGACCAACGUCUUCAUCUCGGUCGCAUCCUCAUUGGGAAUAGCCAUCGGUGUGACAGUGGUGAUUGUAGCCGUGCUGGUGGCUCUGGUUUUUGCUGCCAAGAGGAAGUCCAAUCUGCUGGAAAGACUACGGAGCAGCUUACCCAGCAUGCCAUCAAUGCCCAAUUUUUCAAGCUUCAGGGAUGGUUUCACCAGAACAGGAGCGACGGCAGAAGACCAUGAAACGAGGCAAAACUUAGAGGCUCCCAGUGUGUCUGUGUCCAUGAGCAACUCGCAGGGGAAGAGCUUUGAGAACCCAGCGUAUGAAGGGGAACCACAGCUUGGCUCCAGGAGCACGCCGACCGCCAUCUCUGCUGCUGCUGAAACAAACAAGAACAUUGAUAAUCCCUUGUAUGUGGAGGAGGAUGAAGCUGUGGACGAGCCCUCAACAAGCAAGUCUCCCACUUCCACCCAGGAGGUUUUAGAGACUGCGGCUCAGAGUUCAGUUGUAGAAAACGUUGAUGCCACUUCUGUACAGCCGUCAACAUCGAGCGCGCAGGAACCCAAACACAAGCCUGACAUCGAUUCUGACUGUUAG